AUGCUGUGUCCAGAUGUUGGUCCUGUUGUUGUCUGCUUGUCGGGGAUCAGUUGUCCUAUAACAUUAUUCCAUAAACAGGUGGGCCUGGCUGAUAAAAUCAACAGUAUUGUGAGAAGUCUUUCUGGUGGCAUGAAGAGGAAAUUGUCUCUUGGAAUUGCAUUGAUUGGCAACAGUAAGGUUAUAGUCCUUGAUGAACCUACUAGUGGAAUGGAUCCAUACUCAAUGCGCUUGACUUGGCAGUUAAUAAAAAAAAUUAAGAAGGGCAGGAUAAUUUUGCUAACUACACAUUCUAUGGAUGAAGCGGAUGAAUUAGGUGACCGGAUAGCGAUCAUGGCCAACGGAUCUCUGAAAUGUUGCGGAAGUUCCCUUUUCUUGAAGCAUCAUUAUGGAGUUGGUUAUACUCUAACCCUAGUGAAGUCAGCUCCCACUGCUUCCAUUGCUAGUGAUAUAGUAUACCGUCAUGUUCCAAAUGCAACAUGUGUAAGCGAGGUUGGAACUGAGAUUUCUUUUAGGCUUCCAAUGGCAUCCUCAUCAGCCUUUGAGAGGAUGUUUAGGGAAAUUGAAGGUUGCAUGAAAAAACCAGUUUCGAACAUGGAAUUGAAUGGUAAAAUUGAAAAAGACAAUAUUGGUAUUGAAAGCUAUGGCAUAUCUGUAACAACCCUGGAAGAGGUAUUUUUAAGAGUUGCAGGAUGUGAUGCUGAUGAGGUUGAAUGCUUUGAAGAAAAUAACCAUUCUCUGAUAUUAGACUCUGUGGCUUUACUUCCUACUAAUGAUGAUGCUUCCACAAAAAUAAGUUGUCUUAAAAUUCUUGGAAAUUAUAAGAGGAUUCCGGGUUUGGUGUCUACCAUGUUGGGAAGAGCUUGUCGAUUAAUUUUUGCUACAUUUUUUAGUUUUAUCAACUUCUUGGGUGUGCAGUGCUGCAGUUGUUGUCUCAUUACUAGGUCAACAUUUUGGCAACAUUUUAAAGCCUUAUUCAUUAAAAGGGCAAUAUCUGCUCGCAGAGAUCACAAAACCAUUGUUUUCCAGCUAAUGAUUCCUACUCUCUUCCUGUUUGUCGGUCUUCUAUUUCUUAAGCUCAAGCCACAUCCUGAUCAGCAAUCGCUGACCCUUUCAACUUCUCACUUUAAUCCUCUAUUGAGUGGUGGUGGUGGGGGAGGUCCAAUUCCAUUUAAUUUUUCUUUGCCAAUUGCUGAAAAGGUAGCACAAAAUGUCAUGGGAGGUUGGAUACAGAGGUUCAAGUCGAGCUCAUACAGAUUCCCUGAUUCAGAAAAAGCAUUGGCUGAUGCAGUGGAAGUAGCGGGACCAACACUGGGACCUGCUCUACUUUCUAUGAGUGAAUAUUUGAUGUCUAGUUUUAAUGAAUCCUACCAAUCUAGGUAUGGGGCAAUUGUGAUGGAUGAUCAAAGUAAUGAUGGAAGCUUAGGAUACACUGUAUUACACAACUGUUCUUGUCAACAUGCUGCUCCCACCUUUAUCAAUUUGAUGAAUUCUGCGAUUCUUAGGCUUGCAUCUCAAGACACAAAUAUGACAAUUCGACACGCAACCACCCUCUGCCAAACGACACAAAGCCAGCGCUUACAACGUCAUGAUCUGGAUGCUUUCUCUGCUGCAGUUAUUGUCAACAUUGCUUUCUCUUUUAUACCUGCCUCAUUUGCCGUUUCAAUUGUUAAGGUUUCUAUCCUGUCAUAUUGCUCUAAAUAUAUUUGGGACUUGUAGCUCUUGGUUCCUGCCUCGGUUGCCAUAGUUCUGUUUUAUAUCUUUGGUCUGGAACAGUUUGUCGGAGGGGUUUCUUUGCUACCAACAAUCCUCAUGCUCUUGGAAUAUGGACUUGCAAUUGCAUCAUCAACCUAUUGCCUUACAUUUUUCUUUUUUGACCACACCAUGGCUCAGAACGUGGUUCUGUUGAUUCACUUUUUCACCGGAUUGAUACUAAUGGUUAUCUCAUUCAUUAUGGGACUCAUGCCAUCAACAAUGACUACCAAUUCUUUUCUUAAGAAUUUUUUCAGAAUAUCUCCUGGAUUUUGUUUUGCGGAUGGUCUUGCUUCAUUAGCUCUUUUGCGGCAAGGAAUGAAAGAUAAAACAAGUGAUGGAGUGUUUGAUUGGAAUGUUACUGGGGCUUCCAUCUGUUAUCUAGCUGUUGAGAGCUUUAGUUAUUUUCUGUUGACACUUGCACUUGAAAUUUUACCUUCUAUCAAAUUGACUUCAUUCAUGAUCAAAAAGUGGUGGGAAAAAAUUAAUAUCUUCCGGCAUGUUAGUCCUUAUUUGGAACCUCUGCUGGAAUCUUCCUCUGAAACUGUUGUUACGGACUUCGAUGAAGAUGUAGAUGUAAAAGCAGAAAGAAAUAGAGUACUUUCAGGUUCUCUUGACAAUUCCAUUAUCUACCUGCGCAAUCUUCGCAAGGUAUAUUUUGAGGAGAAGCAUCAUGGAAGAAAGGUUGCAGUAGAUUCUUUAACUUUCUCAGUUCAGGAAGGAGAAUGUUUUGGCUUUUUAGGAACAAAUGGAGCUGGAAAGACCACAACUCUUUCUAUGCUAUGUGGUAUGUCAGAAUUCUGAUCAUGAUAUCUUUCUUCAUCUCUUGUG